AUGGCGGCGGCUGGCACGUUGAGGGGGCUGGCGAGGGGCGCCUGCCGGCAUCGUGCUUCGGCCACCCUGGUGUUGUCGCCGAUGAGGGCGGCCCUAGGGCUCCCGGUUUGCAGGCUGAAAUCAUCAAUCAGCUUUCUCACUCGACCAGAUCAACCAAAUCUUGCUUAUCAUAAACUAAAAGGCAGGAAUCCUGGGGUUAUUUUCCUUCCAGGCUUUAAUUCAAAUAUGAAUGGUCAGAAAGCAACUGCCCUUGAAGAUUUCUGCAGCUCUCUAGGUCAUGCCUUUGUCAGAUUUGAUUAUACAGGAUGUGGAAGUUCAGAUGGUAAAUUUGAAGAGUGUACGUUUGGGAAGUGGAGAAAAGAUGUUCUAUGUAUCCUGGAUGAACUUACAGAUGGACCACAGAUUCUGGUGGGCUCCAGCAUGGGUGGAUGGCUGAUGCUUCAUGCCGCAAUAGCACGCCCAGAUAAAGUAGCUGCUCUAGUUGGAGUCGCUGCAGCAGCAGACUAUCUUGUAACAACUUUCAAGAAGCUUCCCAUUGAGACACAAAACGAAAUAGAAGAAAAAGGUGAAUGGAGGUUUCCAACAAGGUAUAAUGAGGAAGGAUAUUACUCCUUGAGAUAUGAAGUUAUUCAAGAAGCAGAAAAUCACUGUUUGCUAAAUAGCCCUAUUCCUAUAACAUGUCCCAUACGACUUAUUCAUGGCAUGAAGGACAGUGAUGUCCCUUGGCAGAUCUCUAUGCAAGUCGCUGAUCGUGUUUUGAGCAAAGAUGUGGAUGUUAUCCUCCGCAAAACUGGCCAACACCGGAUGAGUGAAAAGGAGGAUAUAAAACUUCUUGUGAACACUGUUGAUGAUUUAAUUGACAAGCUGGCAACGUUCUCUUAAGCUGCAGGGUAGCAUAAGUGCAUGAACUCUACACCUGACUCUUUUCCUUGAGUAGCAGAAACCCUGAUCUUAACAAGAUGUGACUAUUGCAGUAGGAGCUGAGCUUUAUCUGCUGUUUUCUUACCUCUGUUUCGUAAAUACAGGUAUUAAUGCUGCAUUUGCACAGACAGUCCCAAAGCUGAAGGAGUGCUGCUGGUGUGUUCAGAACCUCUCCUUCACUGUUUAAACCUUUUUUCAUAGACUUCCUACACUUUUGCACUGAAAUGUUGAGUUGUUUUGUCACUAUUGGCCUGUACAGUAAAGCUUUUAAUUUCCUGUCUUUGACACCUUUUCAGUACUGUCCUUUUGCUGUAACAUUUUUGUAUCAUAUGUUUGAAACCAUCAGUGCAAGGCAAAAUGUAACUUAAGUGCUUACUUACAUUAUUAUUACUAGAAAUAGCAAAUACCAUGAAGCACAAUAAACAGAUUUCAGAUAAAUUAUUAUGUUGUUCUUUAGUACUGUUAAAAUUGAAAAGUGGAAGGCACACCCUGAUGGUGUGCUUAAAGUGCUAUGUAAAGAAGUUAACUGAAAAGAAUGUAGGGCUUCACAUUGCAGUCAGACCUCUUUUAUGUAGGUUUAUCAGUAGGGCUUCUGUCCUCUUGUCCAGGCUGACAUCUUGAGGUGGUUAAUUUGUGGGCCUACUGUUAAGGGAUCAGUAUAUUAUCUUGGUGUGUACUGAAACUGGAUCAAUGUAGUGACUCUCUUAUAGUAACUUCUUUAUAAGUGGGAAGUACAGCAUCAUAGGGUAAGUCAACCUCUUCUCUGUGACUUGGAACUGUAGAUCACUGGGAACAGUGUCUUCAGAGUUAGAAAUUUGAAGCACACGAGUGCAAGCCUGAAAACGUGUGAAUGAAACUCGAUAGCUGGAUAAUUCCUGUAACUUCAAUCCGUAGAAUUUAAUGGUAAAUGGAUUUAAUUGCAAAUGUGACUAUAAUCUCAGUUUUGUCAAAAAAUAUGGUGCUAUUCAUACACUUGAAAAAGAAAGAGGAGCUUAGGUGAGAGACUGGAAAUAGUUCAGGCUGGCCUUAAUAUGAAACAUUGGUCACAUGUA